GAAUGACUUGAUUCCAGGACCGAAAUAGUUCGGUUGUCUCGAGGUCUAAAACAGCUUUCGCGUGCAGAUGAUGGCGUUUAUUCAGGAUCCUGAACCAGACAUGAGUGAAGCUGAUUGAUUGCACCUGUGAAGGUCCCUUUGCUUAUGUUGAAAGAACACUGAUUUAAAUCAGCACACAGUGUUUUUUACAGAUGAGCUGCUGCUUGGCACAGAGGCGUGUGUCCUGACGCUGUGGGCAGGCACAUGUGCAUCUGGAGAGAUGGACCGCUGUAAGCACGUGGGGCGUCUUCGCCUAGGCCACGAACACUCCAUCCUCAACUCACAGAAAUGGCGCUGCAUGGACUGCUGCACCACCGAGUCAGUGUGGGCCUGUCUCAAGUGCUCUCACGUGGCCUGUGGCCGCUUCAUGGAAGAGCACUCCCUCAAACACUUCCAGGAGUCAAACCACCCCCUGGCCAUGGAAGUGCGGGAGCUGGACGUCUUCUGCUUCGCCUGUGGAGACUAUGUGCUCAACGACAAUGCUGAAGGAGACCUCAAGCUCCUGCGGGGGGCGCUCUCCACUGUGCGUAGCCCUGGCAGGCGCUCCCUGCGCUCCUCUGCAGGGGGUGACUGCAACCCCUGGGUGGGCGAGAGCGGGCCCCAGCCUGCCAUGCAGACGGCCCUGUGGCACCGAAGGAAGGUGCUGCUGGGGAAGAUGCUGCGCCGCUGGAGGAACCGGCAGCAGGAGGAACAGAGCCAGCGGGAGGAGAAACUCGAGCAGGAGAAGGAGGAGGUCCGGCGCCAGAAGAAUGAGAUGAAGAGGAGACUCAUGGGAGAGCUGGCCAAUGUGCCGCCCAGGAAGAGUGCCAGGUUGCUCACCCAGGCGCCCCGCUCAACCAUCACACUUAUCCCCCUGAAGUUCCGCGACCCUCCGGAGCGUCUGCCUCCGCCCAAAAAACCCUCCCUUCUAUCCCUGAAGCCCCCCAGCAAUGGCAGGACUCGUAAACUCAAAGUACGGAGGUACUACUCCUCCCAUAAAGCGACCCGUCGUAGACUGGCCCCGGGGGUCACUGGGCUACGCAACCUUGGGAACACGUGCUACAUGAACUCUAUCUUACAGGUGCUGAGCCACCUGCAGAAAUUCAGGGAGUGCUUCCUCACAUUGGACAUGUGUGAGACUGAGGAGCUGCUGGCCAAGACAAACCAGGGUGUGGCUGGGGCUGUGGUGGGGAGUGGUAGUGCAGCCACACCAGGCUGCCCUCUGGGACGUGGCAUGGGGAAGGCAGCCAGUGGGGGUCUCCCUGCUGUCAGCAAGCAGAGCUCGCCCCCCGGCCUAAACGCAGCAGAGCUGGUCCAGCCCAAGGAGCCGCGAUCCUCCACCCGCCAGCAGAUGUCACUGUGCCACGAGCUGCACACACUGUUCAGGGUCAUGUGGUCUGGCCGAUGGUCGUUGGUGUCGCCCUUUGCCAUGCUGCACUCUGUGUGGAACCUGAUCCCAGCGUUCCGCGGCUACGACCAGCAGGAUGCCCAGGAGUUCCUGUGUGAGCUGUUGGACAAGGUGCAGCAAGAGCUGGAGUCAGAGGGCAGCAAGCGCAGGAUCGUCAUCCCUAUCACCCAGAGGAAGCUGUCCAAGCAGGUGCUCAAGGUCCUCAACACGAUCUUUCACGGACAGCUACUCAGCCAGGUGAUUUGUCUGUCCUGUAAGCACAAGUCGAACACGGUGGAGCCAUUCUGGGACCUGUCCCUGGAGUUCCCGGAGCGCUACCACAGCACGGAGAAGGGCUCGGCUGCGUCUCUGGCCUACCAGCGCAGCUGCUCCCUCACUGAGAUGCUGGCCAAGUUCACUGAGACAGAGGCUCUGGAGGGCAGCAUCUAUGCUUGCAACCACUGCAACAGGAAAAGACGGAAGACGUCCCACAAGCCCCUGGUUCUGUCAGAGGCAUGUAAGCAGCUGCUGAUCUACCGCCUACCUCAGGUUCUACGGCUGCACCUCAAACGCUUCAGAUGGUCAGGCCGGAACCACAGGGAGAAGAUUGGCGUCCAUGUGGCCUUUGACCAGGUUUUGAACAUAGAGCCCUACUGCUGCACAGACUCGGGCCAGUCGGUUCACAGAGAGGGCUACACCUACGACCUGUCUGCUGUAGUCAUGCACCAUGGGAAAGGCUUUGGCUCAGGGCACUACACUGCAUACUGCUACAACACCGAGGGAGGUUUCUGGGUCCACUGUAAUGACUCUGAGAUGAACGUGUGCAGUGUGGAGGAGGUGUGCAACACUCAGGCCUACAUUUUGUUCUAUACCCAGAGGUCUGCCUAGGCCCCUCUCCCUCCUACACCCUAGACCAGGGUGUACUACCUGGUCUGGGGGACUGAGACCUAUAUCUGUGUCUGUUACCUAGAGGUCUGCCUGGGCAUGUUACACUCCCUCUACCAGGCUAAAUCCUGGUUUACACCUAGAUUUCCCUUGGCUUGAAACAACUCAGCCCACAUUUGUUGAGUCUGGUAUGCUAACAGCCAUGUGAGAGCUACUGAACGUUGUACCACAAGGGAAGGCAAUGUUGAUCACGGUUAGUUAUAUAUUUCACCAGGUGUCAAAGUGCUUUACAUUGUACAGGAGUUAAACAUUGGUGGAGGAUGACGCAAGUUAUCUCCCUCCUGGGGUGAUGAACACCAGCCAUUUGGAACGGAAUAGGAAUUCUUCUGUGGCUAAACUAAUUGAGUUUCCCUUUGUGGCUCAGGAUCAGAUAUUAUUAAUUGCAUCAGGUGAUUCAGAGCCUGGGUGGAUUACGGCAAGCCUGCAGAUACUAUCAGACACUCCAUAACCAAUGUUGCCUAGCCUACCUCUGUUCUGUAUUCUCAACCACAAUGAGAUGUCAGCCAAGGGCAUUUUAGUCUCCAACCCAGUGUCAUCUGUAUCUCACUAUGACCUCUCUCGUUCUGCUGUGGAUAUCUCAGGCUUUAAGGCCUUGGUCUGGGCCAACAGAAUGAACGGUAUAGAUGGUGUGUAGAUAUUCCUGUAUGUACUCCGUUUCCCUACCUUGAACAGAGGUAUGGAGUUGUGUGGUAGAAAGCUACUCUGGAGAUGGAUGGGAAUUGUAUUGGGCCAACUGGCGUCAUGCUGCACCUUUAUGGAGGAGGGGCUUAGUUCGUUGAUCCCAUGAUCAAUGGGCUCCUUCUGAUCUUUUAUUGACUUCUAUGUCAUGUGGCAGCUCUCUUCUCCUCCUACCUUAAUUGUAGAGGCUAGUUUAGGCUCUGGUUGGAGUCCGGUGCACUGUAACUCUGUUCAUGGGUAGAAAUGGAUGGAAGAAUGAACAAAGGACUGAGAUAUUGGAGAGUGUGUUUUUGGGAUAAUUGUUUGGGUUAAGAGGGGUAUCCAUUUCACUGGAGUGGAGCACCUGCAAGCAAUAUAUGUGUGACAUCAUGACAUGAAAUCAAGAUAAAAUCAGGAAUUCUUCAGCUUUGUAAUAUGUAGUUUUUUUCUACUUUGCUGUUUCUAUUUGGGGUCUUAGUUUGCCAGGUUCUCAAGAGUUAUUGUACUGCUGGUCUUGAUAUGAAUCAAAUACACGGAACAAAAAUAUAAACGCAACAUGCGACAAUUUCAAAGAUUUGACUGAGUUAGAGUAUAUAUAAGGAAAUCAGUCAAUUUAAAUGAAU